GAUAAAUGGCACAUGUUUCUUAUACUCUAAAUAGUAACUUGUAACUUUUAACUUGUGCCUGUGAUAUAACAAAUUUAAAAUGAGAUUAGAGAUUCUGUUUUUUAUUACUUUACCGACUGUUACAGUUGUAAAUAGUGUGUGUGUAGGAUAUCAGACUUACAAAUGUUCACAGACGUCUUCUGAAUACUAUAACUACAGUCGGGCAUGUGGAACAUUCGGGUGGAAGAGAUGUCGAGGACAAAAGAGACGUUAUUACAAGACUUAUAAAACAUGUACACGACAAUGUCCAUCAGUUGAUGGUUAUUGGAGCUCUUGGUCAAGUUGGAGAGGUUGGUCAACAUGUACGAAGAAUUGUGGAACUGGUGGACAAGUAAGGACAAGAACAAGAUCUUGUACCAAUCCAAGGCCACUUAAUGGCGGACAACAUUGUUAUGGACUUACCACUGGAACAGAAAGUAGACAGUGCAACACCAAUCCAUGUCCAGUUGACGGUAAAUGGAGUUCCUGGUCAAGUUGGAGAGGUUGGUCAACAUGUACGAAGAAUUGUGGAACUGGUAAUCAGGUUAAGACAAGAACAAGAUCUUGUACAAACCCAAGGCCACUAUAUGGUGGAAAUCGAUGUCCUGGACUCACCACAGCAGUAGCAAAUAGACAGUGCAACGCAAAUCUAUGUCCAAUUGAUGGCGGUUGGUCUUCAUUCGGAAGUUGGAGUCCUUGGUCCUCAUGUAAUGUCACAUGCGGUGGUGGAACCAAUUCUAGAAGCAAAAAUAGGACAUGUACAAAUCCAGAACCAAAAUAUGGCGGACAAUCGUGUAAUGGAAGUACUGACGAGACAUCUGCAGUCUUGUGCAAUCCUAUGGCAUGUCCAAUUGAUGGCGAUUGGUCUUCAUUCGGAAGUUGGAGUCCUUGGUCAUUAUGUAAUGUCACCUGCGGUGGUGGAACCAAAUCUAGAAGCAAAAAUAGGACAUGUACAAAUCCAGAACCAAAAUAUGGCGGACAAUCGUGUGAAGGAAGUAAAACCGAGACAUCUGCAGUCUUGUGCAAAUCUAUGGCAUGUCCAAUUGAUGGCGAUUGGUCUUCAUUCGGAAGUUGGAAUCCUUGGUCAUCAUGUAAUGUCACAUGCGGUGGUGGUACCAAAUCCAGAAGCAAAAAUAGGACAUGUACAAAUCCAGAACCAAAAUAUGGUGGACAAUCGUGUAAAGGAAGUACAACCGAGACGUCUGCAGUCCUGUGCAAUGCCAUGGCAUGUCCAAUUGACGGCGGGUGGUCAUCCUACGAUGUAUGGAGUUCUUGGUCUGUAUGUAGUGUAACUUGUGGUGGAGGUGUAAAGUCAAGAAGUAGAAAUAGGACAUGCUCAAACCCUGUACCAAAAUAUGGCGGGAAACAGUGCAUCGGAAAUGAAGUGGAAAAUGUUACUUCUUACUGCAACAUGUCACCUUGUCCAAUUGACGGUGGGUGGUCAUCCUACGAUGAAUGGAGUUCUUGGUCUGUAUGUAGUGUAACUUGUGGUGGAGGUGUAAAGUCAAGAAGUAGAAAUAGGACAUGCUCAAACCCUGUACCAAAAUAUGGCGGGAAACAGUGCAUCGGAAAUGAAGUGGAAAAUGUUACUUCUGACUGCAACAUGUCACCUUGUCCAAUUGACGGUGGUUGGUCAUCCUACGAUGUAUGGAGUUCUUGGUCUGUAUGUAGUGUAACUUGUGGUGGAGGUGUAACGUCAAGAAGUAGAAAUAGGACAUGCUCAAACCCUGUACCAAAAUAUGGCGGGAAACAGUGCAUCGGAAAUGAAGUGGAAAAUGUUACUUCUGACUGCAACAUUUCGCCUUGUCCAAUUGACGGUGGGUGGUCAUCCUACGAUGAAUGGAGUUCUUGGUCCGUAUGUAGUGAAACUUGUGGUGGAGGUGUAAAGUCCAGAAGUAGAAAUAGGACAUGCUCAAAGCCUGUACCAAAAUAUGGCGGGAAACAGUGCAUCGGAAAUGAAGUGGAAAAUGUUACUUCUGACUGCAACAUGUCACCUUGUCCAAUUAACGGUGGGUGGUCAUCCUACGAUGUAUGGAGUUGUUGGUCCGUAUGUAGUGUAUCUUGUGGUGGAGGUGUAAAGUCAAGAAGUAGAAAUAGGUCGUGUUCCAAUCCUGUACCAAAAUAUGGCGGAAACCAGUGCACUGAAAAUGAAGUGGAAAAUGAUACUUCUGACUGCAACACGUUACCUUGUCCAAUUGAUGGUGGGUGGUCAUCCUACGGAACAUGGAGUUCGUGGUCUGUAUGUAGUGUAACUUGUGGUGGUGGUAAAAAGUCCAGAAGCAGAAGUAGGACAUGUUCAAAUCCUGUACCAAACUAUGGUGGAAAACAGUGCAAUGGAAAUGCUCUAGAAAAUACUUCUUCUGACUGCAAUACAUAUCAUUGUGAAAUUGAUGGUGGAUGGUCGUCCUUUGGAAUUUGGAGUUCUUGGUCGGUAUGUAGUGUAGGUUGUGGUGGUGGUGAAAAGUCAAGAAAUAGGAACAGGAAGUGUUCAAACCCAUUACCAAAAUAUGGCGGGAAACAGUGCAUCGGAAAUUCCAUGGAAAAUACUUCUUCUCACUGCAACUUGUUACCUUGUCCAAUUGAUGGUGAGUGGUCAUCAUUUGGAAUUUGGAGUUCUUGGUUCUCGUGUAGUUUCACGUGUGGUGGUGGUGAAAAGAUCAGAAUAAGGAAUAGAACGUGUUCCAAUCCUGUACCAAAUCAUGGUGGAAAGCAGUGCACCGGAAAUGAAACGGAACAUACAACAUCUGACUGCAACACAUUGUAUUGCCCAAUUGACGGCGGAUGGUCGUCCUAUGGAAACUGGAGUUCAUGGUCGUUAUGUAAUGUAACUUGUGGUAGUGGUAAAAAGUCCAGAAUCAGGAAUAGAACCUGCACAAAUCCGGUACCAAAAUAUGACGGAAAACAAUGUAUUGGAAAUGCAGUGCAAAAUAUAACCACUGAUUGUAAUACAUUACUUUGUCCAAUAAACGGUGGAUGGUCACAAUACACUGUAUGGAGUCGAUGGGGAAAUUGUUCAAGAGAAUGUGAUGGAGGAUUGAAAUACAGAACCAGAUCAAGAUCCUGUACAAAUCCAAAGCCAAAGUUUGAUGGUUUGGAAUGUACUGGGAAUACGACCGACGAAGAAGGCGGAGUUUGUAAUACUCAUCAUUGUCCAUUGGAUGGUAAUUGGACCGACUAUAGUGCGUGGUCGUCAUGGGAUACAUGUAAUGUCACGUGUGGUGGAGGAUUCUUUAGUCGAUAUAGAAACAGAACAUGUGAAAAUCCAGAACCUAUGUUUGGUGGAAUGAAUUGUUCGGGAGAUGAUAUAGACCAACAAAAAGGAACUUGUAACAAACAACGAUGUAAAGCAACAGAGAUUACAGAUGUGCCAAAGAUACUAUUAUCAGAGAUAUUUAAGAAAGCUCUUUACUAUGGUAUAAUACCAGGGGCGUUUCUGAUACUGUGUGUUGUAAUUGUUUGUGUGAUUGUUAGGAAGAGGAGGAGAAGUUCAAUAUCAUUAAAGACAUAUAACUUCCAGAAUACCACAUACAUGACGCCAGGUAAAGAUGAUGCAAUUUGUAAAGAUACAGAAUUGACAUGUAAUUUGGAAGACAAACAAAUUACAGAUGAAAAGGAAGAGGAAGAGGAACGAUAUACAGACAUGGACAAUACGCUGAUUUGCAGUGCUAAUACAGAUAUUGAUCACUAUGACUAUGCUAGGGAGGACGAAGACCAUUACGAUACAUAUGUCGAUGAGAUCGAUCACUAUGAAAAAUGUAGCAACGUUAAUCGAGAGUCGCUGAACGAAAGUUGUACGCAGAAUGCAUCAAGUGAAUUUCAUACGUUUAAAAACUUUUGAAUAGCCUGUAUUCGCGUGUCGUUUUUGCUUUCAUCAUUGUGUUGAUCAGUAUAGUAUGAUAUUUUGAUAAUCUUGCUUUAAAUGUUAUAAGUUUAUGUAUAUACCUUUCACUUUCUUGAUAAUAUACUUUGUUUGACCCUAUUUGGAACAAAGAGAAUAUGGCCUGUUUUGUACUCGCUUACUUUUUUUGAAACGUAUACGUACAAUAAUGUAUGAAUUAUGUUGUGUUACUUUAUAGAUAAAUGUAUAUACCUUUUUGUUUAACAAAAACAUUGCAUGAGAGAACAUGCAGCCCAAAUUGACAUUAGGUUUAAUUGCCGUCUAAGUUGGAUUAUUUUUUUAAGUAGAGCUUUUAUUGCGAUUGCUUGGCGGUCAGUUUGAGCUUAAAAAUAUAAUAUAUUCGUUGAGUAUUCGAGGUUUCUAGUCAGUACUUUGUUCAUUGAAACGGUUAUUUAUAAAUAAUACACAUCAACUUUCAAUAAAACUUCUGACUUUCA